UUCCCCAGACGGUUGACGGUAGCCGUGUUUGAGUUCACAGGGUAUGGUGGUGGUGAAGAGGUACGUCUUGAGAUUGUUCAUAUCUUUGAAGUACAUAACUGCAAAUGUGAUAGACAGGAACAACGGUAGGAUAGUUGCAACAGCGUCCAGCGUCGAGCACUCGCUCAAGAACUCGUUUGAAUGUGGGAGAAGCUGCAAUGCCAAAGCUGCUGCAGUUGUGGGAGAGGUCUUGGCCAGGCGCCUCAAAGUGGAGGGAAUCGAUCAAGGUGGAGGGGGAAGUGGAAUCCAUGUCAAUGUAACCAAGGAGGUUGAGAAGAAGGGCUUCAAGAACCGCACCAAGGUUUGGGCUAUAGUCAAUGGCCUCAAGAACAACGGAGUUAAACUUGUGAUGGAUGAUGUUGGUGAUGAUCUCACACCUUCCGGCUCUAGCCACUAAUGAACUAUGUACCUCCCCAUAUUGCACAUGUUGUAAAGAUUGUGGAACUUUAAAGUUUAUGAGGGUUAUUUAUCUUCAAUGCUUACCAAAAUUGUAUUUUAGCAUCUCAGCCUUCACAGAAUGCAUAUAUCUUAGUCCCAUAGAUAGGUUGACACCCAUUUUGCG